GUCACCUGUUACAGGUGAGACAUACCUGGAUGCUGACUGCCAUGAGCGGCCCCUCCUGAGAUGUCCUCCUAGGACUCUCUGGGAAUGUCUAGGAGAAGCUACUGAUUUGAUGUUAGGAUGGUGAUCCUGGGACUAUGUUGGCUGCUCACGUGCCUCAUCCUCACAGAUGCACGCACCACCAAAUCCCAGGCGAUCCAGCUGACUGGGAUGGUGGGAGGGUCGGUAGUUUUCCCGUUCAAAGUUCCCCCAUGGGUGCCCGUGGAGACGAUCGUCUGGAAUUCGGUCACAACCCUCGCCACGUUUACCCCCAGGAAAGGGAAACCAGCUGCAGUUAAAGUGCUGGAUAAACGCUACAUAGGGCGGUUGAGGGUCUUGGACCAGACCUAUUCUCUGGUGAUUAGCAACCUGAGCAUGCUGGACAGGGGCAUAUACAGAGCGCAGAUAAACACCGAGUUCACCACCACCGUGACGGAAUACCUGCUGCGCGUAUACAAGAAAAUCCCAGUCCCAGAUGUUGCCGUUGCCAUUCUGAAUGGAACCUGCAACCUCCUGCUAAACUGCUCUGUCGCCGAGGGAGCGGAAAGCGCCACCUUCAUCUGGACGUACACCCGCAGGAGGGUCAUCCAAAUCAAGGAAGGACCCACCCUGCGCAUCUUGAGCCGGCCAAGAGCUAAAGACCUGGUCCACACCUGCCUGGCCAGGAACCCCGUCAGCCAGGGCUCAAAAACGAUCUCCAUAGAAGACUAUUGCGAAAGUGGCUCACCGGCAUCCAUUUUCCAAGCGCUGAAGGCAACGUGCUUCUUCGUGUUCUUUGGACUCCUCUUCAGCAUGACCGAUAUUCUAAAAUAAGGCCCACACGCUGCUGUCGAAUAACGCCAACUGCAUCCAAAUGCCACCAACCCUUGCUGUAAGUUGCCUGAACUGCAGCCCUUCUAACCUGCAGCUGGAUGCGAAGAGCUGCCGCUGCAGAACUUAUUCCUGUGGCUUUUAAAAAAGCUGCUGUAGAUUACAAGCAGCAAGAGAGGAUGCCGAGGCCUUUCCCAUCUGCAGGCAGAAGAUGAUAAUCUCCUAACAUCUCCGCCUUAUGGGCAUGAAGCAUCACACCUGCGAUCCAGCCAAUAGUGUGAUUAUUUGCUCAUUGUGUUGACUCCUUUUUACCAAUAAAAUGCACUUCCCAGUCA